UUUCACAAUGCUGUAUUUUUACUUGCUUGUGGUGUUAAUCGACUUGUUCAAAUGCGAAGAGCACAUUGUUGAAGUUGAAGGUGGAAAAUUGAAGGGAAUGGCAAUGAAGAACUACCAUGGAGGAUAUUUUUUAGCAUUCAUGUCCAUUCCAUACGCAAAACCUCCACUUGGACCGCUUAGAUUUAAGGCACUUGAACGUGUUAGUCCUUGGGAUGGUAUAAGAGAUGCAACAAAAAAAGUCCCAACAUGUCUUCAGAAGCCAUUCAGUGAGCAAACAGGAGUGGAAGAUUGCAUUUACGCGAACGUUUACACCAGAGAUUUAAAUCCGAAACAGUUAAAGUCUGUCAUGAUUUAUAUUCAUGAAGGUGGCUUUUAUUUUGGGACCAGCAGUGUCGAUGUAAUUGGUCCACAUCAUUUAAUGAUUGAAGAUAUUGUUUUAGUUACGUUCAAUUACAGAUUAGGAGCCAUGGGUUUCUUGAAUAUCGAUGGAAGCGAUAUAAUUACCAAUAAUGGAUUGAAGGAUCAGGUGUAUCUUUUGAAAUGGGUUCAGAGAAAUAUUCACAAGUUCGGUGGGAACAAGGAUUCGGUGACGAUUUUCGGCGAGAGCGCCGGAGCUGCAGCUGUAAGCUUGCACUUGCUAUCGCCGAUGUCCAAAGGACUUUUCCACGGUGCCAUUUCGCAGAGCGGUAGUGCCUUGUCACCAUGGAUAUAUGGGACUAAAGAUACAGGUUUCAAGAUAGCAAGAGAACUGGGUAUUACCACAGAUGAUCCGAAGCUCGUCGUUGAAGAGUUGCGUAAAGUUCCCUAUAAAGAUUUAUUUGAAGCACAACAAGCACUAGAUUGGUAUGUACAUGUGGAAACGGAAUGGAACGGUGGUAUUGUAAUUGAAAGAAACAGAGAAGAUAGUUUCAUAACAGCUAAAGCAUUGGAUAUAUUUGAAGAAGGUCUCGAGUCUCAGGUACCUUACCUGAUAGGAUUCACUGAUAUCGAUGGUAAUAUAAUGGAGUUAUUCGUGAAAACCUCUGGUAUUCAUUACAACUUCACAUUGCAACGCGACAUACCUCAUUUAUUAACGAAAGGUGAUUCAACCAUCGUAAAAGAGGUCACGGAAGACCUUAAGAAUUUUUAUUUCAAUGGAAAAUUACCUGCGGAUUAUGGAUAUGAUUUGAUGGAGUUGAUUUCGGACGUUUGGUUCAAAUAUCCAAUUGUACAGGUGAUUAGGAAGUACGGAAAUGUCCAACCUGUUUACUUGUAUGAGUUUAGAGCUGAUACCAAGUUGAAUGUAUACAAAAACUUCGUACCUGACAUAGCCAAAUACAAAGGAGCUGGACAUGUAGACGACUUAGGUUAUAUUUUUAAGCAUGGUUUAAAUCCUGAAAUUGAAAAGGGAAGUGCAGAAGAUAAGUUUGUUGAAAAAAUGGUAAAGUUAUGGACGAAUUUUGCUAAACAUCGCAAACCGAUUCCAAAUGGUCCUUCUUCGGAAUUAGAUAAUGUCGAAUGGAAAGCUGCCAAACCAGAUCAAAUGAAUUGUCUGAUCAUGGAUAUUGAUGGAUUGAAAGAUAGUGUUCUCGAUUUGAAAUUUGCGCAUUUCUGGGAUAAAUUGUAUGAAAAGUACAAUAGGAAAUAUUGA